AUGGCAUUAUAUGAUAUUAUAAAUUAUUUUUACGGUUCUAAUUCAAAAUUCAAUAGAAUAACUUGGGGGUUUAAAUCACCAACAUUUAUAAAAUGGAGAAUCACUGAUUUUAUAUUAAUCAUUGUAUUAAUUGUAUUAUUUUUUGUCACAUCACAAGCAGAACCAUUUCAUAGACAAUUUUAUUUAAACGAUAUGACUAUUCAACAUCCAUUUGCUGAACAUGAACGAGUCACCAAUAUUCAAUUAGGUCUUUAUAGUACUGUUAUCCCUUUAUCUGUAAUUAUCAUUGUUGCCCUAAUUUCCACUUGUCCUCCUAAAUAUAAAUUAUAUAAUACUUGGGUUUCAAGCAUUGGAUUAUUAUUAAGUGUAUUAAUUACUUCAUUUGUUACAAAUAUUGUGAAAAAUUGGUUUGGUAGAUUACGUCCUGAUUUUUUGGAUCGUUGUCAACCAGCAAAUGAUACUCCCAAAGAUAAAUUGGUUUCAAUUGAAGUUUGUACAACGGAUAAUUUAGAUCGAUUAGCUGAUGGAUUUAGAACAACUCCUUCGGGUCAUUCAUCAAUUAGUUUUGCUGGAUUAUUUUAUUUGACAUUAUUUUUAUUGGGUCAAUCACAAGCCAAUAAUGGUAAAACAAGUAGUUGGAGAACUAUGAUUAGUUUUAUUCCUUGGUUAAUGGCUUGUUAUAUUGCCCUUAGUAGAACUCAAGAUUAUAGACAUCAUUUCAUUGAUGUUUUUGUCGGGAGUUGUUUAGGUUUAAUCAUUGCCAUUUGGCAAUAUUUCCGAUUAUUCCCUUGGUUUGGUGGUAAUCAAGCAAAUGAUUCAUUUAAUAAUAGAAUUAUGAUUGAAGAAAUUAAAAGGAAAGAAGAAAUUAAACAAGAUGAAAACAAUUAUAGAAGAAUAUCAGACAUUUCCACUAAUGUGUGA